GACAGUGGGGCUGCGACCUCUCUCUUCCCCACCCCACUGAUGUGGAGAUGCCCAACACAUGGAAUGUAUCCUCGGAGGGCCCAAGUACCCACGGGGCAGUGGGCAUUGUGGUCCCCGUGGUCUUUGCCCUCAUCUUCCUCCUGGGCACGGUUGGCAAUGGGCUGGUGCUGGCCGGACUGCUGAGACCUGGGCCAUCCAAGGGCAGCCCCACCAACUUGUUCAUCCUCAACCUGGCUGUGGCUGACCUGUGCUUCCUCACGUGCUGCGUGCCUUUCCAGGCUGUCAUCUACACCCUGGACAGCUGGCCUUUUGGGACCUUCGCCUGCAAGGCUGUGCACCUCCUCAUCUAUCUCACCAUGUACACCAGCAGCUUCACGUUGGCCGCUGUCUCUGUGGACAGGUACCUGGCUAUCCGCCAUCCUCUGCGCUCCCGGUCCCUCCGAACAUCCCAGAAUGCCUGGGCUGCCACUGGCCUGAUCUGGCUCCUGGCCCUCCUCUUUUCCGGACCUUACUUCAGCUAUUACUGGACAGUACAAUACGGGCGGCUGGUGCUGUGUGUGCCAGGCUGGGAGGAUGAGAGUCGCCGGGCCCUGGACCUGGUCACCUUUGCCGUGGGAUACCUGCUGCCCAUGGCUGUGGUCACCCUGGCCUAUGCCCGCACCUUCUGCUUCCUCUGGGUGGCCGUGGACCCCAGGAGCCCAGCCUUGGAGACACGCCGCCAGGCCAAAGCUCGGGCCGGCCGAGCCAUGUUGGCGGUGGCCGCCCUCUUUGGCCUCUGCUGGCUGCCCCACCACGUGGUCAUCUUGUAUUUCUGGUUCGGUCAUUUCCCCUUCAACUGGGCCACCUAUGCCUGUCGCCUGGCAUCUCACUGCCUCUCUUAUGCCAACUCCUGCCUCAAGCCCCUUGUCUAUGCCUUGGCCUCCAAGCACUUCCGGAAACGUUUUCGCCAUCUCUGUCCUUCCCAUUGCCGCAGCCACCACCACCAAUGCCUCCCAGCCCAAGGAUCUGGUCCCCCAAAGGGGGCCAGGGCCCACCGUCGGGUCCAUGCAGCAUCCCUCAGACUAGCUCCCCUCCCCAGGAGGGACACAUGUUCAGAAAUGCCCCAGCCCCAGAAGGAGGGGACCCAACCCCGCCAUGUAGGAGGGCAGUCCCCCAUCGAGGGGAAAGAGAGGGUGCUGCUUCCUGAAGUCUGCUAG